CAGAGGCUUUGGAGAGUGUGUGGUCGGCAGUGCAGCAUGUGGCAGAGGGCAGUGCACGUGUGCUGCCCGCCGUGCUCUCCUGGCACGCCCACCACCAUGCAGACGGGCACGGCGGUCGGCCGCUGUCCAAAGAACUGCUGCUGGCUUUGAUUGGGCGGCUCAAGGAGCGGCUUCGGCUCGUCCAUGCGUUUGAGGUGGCGCAGCACGUGGUGCGCAGCCCGCACUACUGGCUGGGCAAGCACGACUGGAGGUUGCUGCUGGAUGUUUGCGUGCGGGCAGGCCGCAUCACCCGGGCAGAAGAAUUGUUUACGCUGCUGCCCAGACACCUGCAAAGGGAGGAGGUAUACACUGGCAUUCUGCACAACUAUGCGAGGCGGGGAUUAGUGCGGCGGGUGGAGUCGUGUAUGGUGAUGCUGCGGGCGCUGGGCAUGCGGGAGAGCGCGCUGGGGUUUGAGGCGCACAUGCUGGCGUAUGGCGUGCGAGGCUUGUUGCGGGACGUGGAGCGCAUUGCACAGGAGAUGGCAAGCAAG